CUUCUAUGUGGGUCGGCUAUGCUACUCACGCUGGCGAGGUUGACAUGUGGAACCUUCCAACCUCAAGCUAGUCGUAUUUAGUUUUACCAGUCAUAAUGUCAUUUUGUUUUAAUUUCGAUCUUCCAGAGCAAACAGUAACGUCUGACGUUUUGGAUGGAAAUGAACGACAAACUGGAAAGAAAGACAGUGAUGCUAAAUGUGCAGAUGAUAAUACGAAACCAGCUGAACCAGUAAAAGCGGCUAAAGAACACUUUCCACCAAGUGGCCCACAGUUCCUCCUCGUGGAUGCUGUUUUUGAAACGGUUAUCAUUGGAACUCUUCCUCCUCUGCAUUUCCUCAAUGAGACUGUUUUUGAAAGGACUGCUUCUGAGCGAGAAGACAAGGAGAAAAUUCUCUCUCGCAGGGCAGAGCAGAGGUCAGAUCUCAUCUCUGGUGUGUACGAGGGAGGCCUGAAGGUGUGGGAGUGCACUUAUGACCUUUUGGAGCUGAUAGAGAAAAAUGGGGAGACUUUCAGUGAGAAGGCUGUUUUGGAUUUGGGGUGUGGAGCAGGGCUGUUGGGAAUACUGGCUCUAAAGCGAGGGGCCAGGCAGGUUCACUUCCAAGAUUACAACAGUACAGUCAUCGAACAGCUCACAGUGCCAAAUGUAAUGUUAAACUGCCUAGAGGAUGAUGAGGUAGACAGCGAGGAUGAGAAAAAAGGGAAGGGCAAGGGAAAAAUCCAGGAAGAUGGUUGUGAAAAGAAAGGGCAAGAGGGGAUGAGCAAUGGAAACCCAACAACUAAGAAAAAAGCUCUGGACCUGUCUCAGCACCCAUUACUGAGGAGGUGCCAUUUUUUUUCUGGUGACUGGAGCACAUAUCUUUCUUUAGCUCUAAAGAUAGAACCACAACCUAAAUUCAACAUCAUAUUCACCUCAGAGACCAUCUAUAACACUGUAUACUACCCUGCUCUACACGAGACCCUCCACAAACUGCUGGCAUCAGAUGGACUCGUCUACCUUGCUACCAAAUCCCACUACUUUGGCGUUGGUGGUGGACUCCAUCUUUUUGAGACGUUCGUGGAGCAGAGGGGUAUCUUCUCUCUGGAUCACCUGUGGGAUGGGGAGGAGGGGCUCCAGAGACAUGUAGUAGUGUUGCGUUUUAAGAAGAACACUUGAAGCAGGACUGUCAGCGACUCCUAAGAUGAUGAAUCAAUAGAUCAUUACAUGAAAGCAAGAUUGUCUGAUAGUAUGUUUUAUGAAGCUGGGUUGUUAUUACAGUCCUAAAUAAAGAAAAAAACUAAAUAAAUGCUAUGUCA